AUGACUGACAGUGAAAGUGAAUUAUCUAACUCUAACUUAUUGCCCUUCCAGACUGUGAAUACGACUGUGAGUGCAAGAGGUCCAUAUACAAAUAUAUCCAACUUCAGCUUUCGCAAUCCAAUGACUUCUACAAUGUAUAAUAUGCCGCGAAACUUUGAGCGACAGAGGUAUGCUGAAUCUGUAUCGGAUCAGAGGAGUAUAUAUUACAGAAGAGAGAGGUCGCCGAUGUCGAUACACAGUGCCUGCGAUGUAUGGCCUCGCAACUUCCAACAAAAUUAUGGGAUGAAUUCACAGCGAUCGGUUUUCAAUGGUAGAAGUGGUUCUCCUCUAUCUAUAAGAAGUAAUGAUUCUAGUGCAAGUGCUGCUGACAUAGCUUUUGCAUUCAAAAAUGUUAAAUUCAAUAAAUAUGAUUUGAAAGUGAUCAAAGAAGCUUACCAGAAAUUGAUGAAACAACGUCACAGAAAAAGAAUUGAAAAGAGACGUAAUAUGAGAAAGUUUCUAAAAGGUAACAGAAAUAGAUCAGGUGAUGACUCGGGGGAACAAGCCAGCGAUUCCUCUGUAAGCAGUGAUGACUGCAGGUCUAUAAAGACCUCUUACAAAGAAAAUGUGUCGAGUAGUAGAAUGACAAGAAUGGACAAUAUGUUAAAAGACUGCACAGAAAGUUUCAGACAGAAUACUUUCAAAAACAUUUUUUCAGUUGGAAAUAAUUUUAAAGGAAAUCAAAAAUUUGAUAGUUCUUCACUUUCUAACAACAUUCGUGCAUUGCCUUCUCAAAAGGAGAGAUUUAAAACUGGGUUUCUUUUGCCAUCUCAAAGGUUUAAUAAGUCAGUGGUUUCAACUUUUGUCUCACAAAAUAUAGAAAGUAAUCUCAACAGUAAUGAAAGCAAUUGUAAACAAAAUGAGGUGCUAAUGGGAGACAAAAGUCCUGUCAGUGGAAGUGAAGAGGAAAUAUUUCCAGGCAAGACAGCUAGAGAAAAUAUUGUCUGCAACAAAGAAGUAGUGCAUAAAAGAACCCUAGAUGGUGAUGAAGAUUCCAGUUUUCCAGAUAGAAAGAGAAGUAAAAAAUCUUCUCCUAAUAUUAUUCCCAAAUCUAAGACAAAAAUUUUAUCAACAACAAAAAAUAGUACAAUAAAUAACAAUGUUGUUGAUAGUAAUAAUUUUGAGUUUGCGAAGCCUACAUUACCAAUUAAAAAAUCUAGAACCAAAAUGCAAGAAAAGAUUCUUUCAAAAUCCAAUAACCCUCUAACAGAAUUUGUGGAGUCAAUUCCUAAACAAAUAUCAAGAAAUGUUGAAGAGGUUCAGCCUCUUAUUAGUCCAAGUAAACCUGUCAAUGGUCAACCCGAAAUUGUACAGUCAGCAUCAAGUCAAGACUGUGAGGUGUCUAUGCGACCAAGCUUCAUAAAGAGAAAAUUAUUUACUCAGAAGCUUGAUGUGGCAGAAAAGAGUAAUGUAAGUAGUGAGGUUAUCAAUAGUCCACAAGAUGUAUACAACACAUUUCAAAAAGAGAAAAACAAAGCAAGAAAACUUGUUCCCACACAAUCAUGUAUGAAUAGAGAAGUACAAAGGGAUAAUAAUCUCUUAGAUUUAAUUCACAAAAUUGUGCCUCCUGACUCCAUUAAUAGAAGCAAUCAAACAAAGACAGAUGUAAAUAACUCUAAUAAGAGAGAUGAUGAUGACACAUGGGAUGUAACUUCUGUAAUAUCUAUGUGCAAUGAAACUGAUGUAAGUGACACUUUUACUGAUGAAGACAUAUUUGGCAAUAACGAUAAAAAGAAAUGUAGAAGUAAAAACACUAAAAAUACCAAUAAUCUUCCCAAAACAAGAAACAGUAGCUUUAUAAAACCAAAAACUGUAAAAAAUAUAAUUGACAGUGUAAAUCUCCCUCAAGAAUGUAGAACUACUAUUGCUAAAGUUGAUAAAGAGAAAAGUAAAAAACCUAAUAGUACCAAUUCACGGCCUAAUACGAGAAAUAGAAGCAAAAUACAAAGCGAAAAACCGAAAGCAAUAAAAUGCAUAGACAAAAAUUUAAAUUCAUCUCAUGAAGGUAGUAUAGUCAUUAAUAAGGUAGACAAAGAUAAAAGUAAAAAAGCUUAUACCAAUCCUUAUAGAAUAACUAGAAACAAUAGCUUUUUAAAACAAAAGGAAGUCAAAAGCAUAGAUGAAAAUAAAAAUCUAACACAAAAUGAAGAAAAAAGUAAAAAUUCGAACAAUACUAAUCUACUGAGAACAAGAAUCGAUAGCAAUAUAAAACCAAAAGCAGCAAAAAGCGAAGACAAAAAGUCACCUCUCGAAAGUAGGAGGGCUCCUAACAAGAUAGAUAACGAAAAAACUAAAAAAAGCAAUGAAUCUAAUCACAGAAUGACAAGAAAUAAUAGCAAUAUAAAACUAAAAGAAGCAAAACACAUUGACGAAAGUAUGAAUCAAGAUAAAGAAAAGAGUAAAAGAAACAACAACGUGAAUCAUCUUCCGAAAACGAGGAAUAAUAGCAAUAUAAAACUGAAAGAAACAAAACACAUUGACGAAAGUAUGAAUCAAGAUAAAGAGAAAGAAAAGAGCAAAAUUAACAACAACGUGAAUCAUCUUCCGAAAACGAGGAAUAAUAGCAAUAUAAAAUUAAAAGAAACAAAACACAUUGACGAAAGUAUGAAUCAAAAUAAAGAAGAGAGUAAAAGAAACAACAAUGUGAAUCAUCUGCUGAAAACGAGAAAUAAUAGUAAUAUAAAACCAAAAGAAUGUAAAGUAAUUAUAAAUGAAAUGCCUGCAACUCAAGGUGCUCUAAGAGCAGGAACCAUCCUGAAGAUUAAUGCCUUGUAUAACAAUACCAAUGUAACUAAGAACAUAGUGAAGAGAUCUGCUAAAACAUUUUGGGAUACCGAUUUUGAAAGUGAUGCAGAAUAUCAAAGUACACCACAGAGAAGGGCAAUCAAAAGAUAA